AUGGAGUCACCACCUUUGUUCGUUCGGUUGCUUUCCUUUCUCAUGUUGACGACGUUGUGCCAUGCUAUAGCAUUUACGCAGUCUUUUAACUCUUCUAUUCAACGAUGCCAUGAUGAUGAAAGCUUGGCCUUGCUGCAAUUCAAAAAUAGCUUCAACAUCUCUAGCUCUUGUUCUUAUUCAAAGCUUGAAUCAUGGAAGCUAAAUCAAGGCGUAAGAUCAUGUGAGUGUUGCUCAUGGGAUGGUGUGGAGUGCGAUGAGAAAACUAAUCAUGUCGUUAGACUUGACCUAAGUGAGAGUUGUAUUUAUGGGUCUAUCAACUCCAACAGCACUCUCUUUCGCCUUGUCCAUCUUCAAACACUUAAUCUUGGAAGCAACGACUUCAUCCACUCUCAAAUCCCAUCCGAAAUAGGCCGCCAACUCUCGAGGUUAACUCAUCUCGACCUUUCUUUUUCUCGCUUUUCUGGCUUUUCUGGUGAAAUCCCAGCUGAAAUCUCUAAUCUUUCAAGCUUGGUUUCCCUUGAUCUAUCUUGUAAUCUUGAUUUCAUUAGUUAUGAUGGAUUAUUGAAGCUCCGUCAGACUAGCUUCAGAGGUCUAGUUCAAAACAUGACCAAUUUGAAGGAACUUGAUCUAGAAUGCGUGGACAUUUCUUCAAUGGUUCUCGCAAAUCUUUCAUCUUUGGAGUCUCUCCAUCUUUGUGGUUGUGAAUUGCAUGGCGAAUUUCCGGCGAGCAUUUUCUCGCUUCCGAACUUAAAGAUAAUUCUUGUCCGUGCACUCUACAAUGGCUACAAAUGGCCACCUUCCGUACUUGAGAGCUUUAGGAUUGGCUUCUUGAAACCUUACCCAGUUUCCCAACUUCUUGCAGAACCAACAUGGCUUGGAAUAUCUAGACCUUUCUUCAAACAGCUUACAGGCUCAAAUCCCUUCAUGAAUGUGUUCCAUAACCGUCAACUUCCUCAUUGUUUGAGCAAUUUCAGUGAUCUGUCUGUGUUGGAUUUGAGAAGAAACAAUUUUCAUGGAAUUAUUCCUGCAGCCUGGAGAGAUGAUUGUAAAUUAAGAAUGAUUAGCAUCAGUUACAAUCAAUUACAAGGACAAGUUCCAAAAUCAUUAGCCAAUUGUUCAUCGUUACAGUUGGUUGAUUUUGGUAACAACCAAAUAACUGAUACUUUUCCUUCUUGGUUGGGAAAUCUUGUAGAGUUGAGAAUUCUGAUUUUGAGAUCUAACCAUUUUUAUGGUGUGAUAGAUCAAAAACCCAAAACCAAAGGCUUCCCAAGUCUUCGAAUCAUCGACUUAUCCGGCAAUGGUUUCGUCGGAAAGCUGCCAAUGGUGUACUUAGACAUGUGGGAAGCCAUGAAAACCAUCCAAGCAAACCACAUGAUGUACAUGGGGGAAAAUAUAAGGCCCAAUUUCACAGACGUUGAUACUUACUAUGGGGAAUAUGAUUACUCAAUGACUAUGUUCAACAAUGGAGUGAAACUGGAAUACGACAAGAUUCAAGAUAUUUUCCUUGCCAUUGAUCCCUCCACCAGCAGAUUUGAAGGAAAAAUCCCAAAAAUCAUUGGAAACCUUAAAGGGCUUAAUCUCCUCAACCUUUCAAACAACCUUCUCAAGGGUCACAUACCACCAUCUUUAGCAUGUUUGGGCUCAUUAGAGGGAUUAGAUCUUUCAAAGAACAAGCUUUCACGAAAGAUACCUCCAGAGCUCGCUCAGCUCACUUUCCUUGCUUUCUUUAAUGUCUCCUACAACGAGCUUGAAGGGCCAAUACCACAAGGGAAACAAUUUGAUACAUUUCAGAGCAAUCAAUAUGAGGGGAACUUGGGAUUAUGUAGAGCUCCUUUGACAAAGAAAUGUGAAGAUUUUGGGGACUCACCACCAUUUUUUCCAACUUCGGAUUAUGAAAGCAUAGCUCUGGAGUGCAAACCCUCAGAUUUACGCAGAUGCACUUAUUAUCAGACUAAAUCUGUGAGUACAAGCUCUCAACUAUUAUGA